GAGAGGGACUGGCACAAAAGCAAACGUAAACCGAAGCCUUUAAUUCAUUUGAGAAAUAGGAAAGGAAGAGGAUCUGUUUGGCCGGAGUUAACAUCGAGGAAAAUGGCAGCAGAAGAAGGUCAGGUCAUCAGUUGCCACACCGUUGAUGCAUGGAACGACCAGCUCCAGAAGAGCAACGAAACUAAGCAGCUGGUGGUUGUUGAUUUCACUGCCUCAUGGUGUGGACCAUGCCGUUUCAUUACACCUUUCCUGGUGGAGCUGGCUAAGAAACUGCCUCAAGUUUUGUUCCUCAAGGUUGAUGUGGAUGAACUCAAGUCUGUUGCUACAGAUUGGGCUGUUGAGGCAAUGCCAACCUUCAUGUUCUUGAAAGAAGGAAAGAUUGUGGACAAGGUGGUUGGAGCAAAGAAAGAGGAUCUGCAGCAAACCAUUAACAAGCACUUGGGCUCUGCUUCUGCCUAAUUAUGAGAUAAUUUGCAUUCUGCCUUUAGCUUUAGAGGAUAUAGACCUCAACUCAAUAUAUGCUAUUAGUGUGGCCCUAAUUAUGUGAUCAUUUGCAUUCUGUCUCUUAGCUUUGGAGGAUAUAGACCUCAAUAUAAUGCUAUUACUGUGGACUUAUAUUUAAAAUAUUUAUAUAUUUAAGCAGACUUGGUUAUGUA